AUGUCGUUCAGUUUCGGCAACACAAGCUCUUCGGGCGCAUCCAACAACAACACAACAUCGACUGCGCCGGCAUCAGGAAACCUCUUUGGUGCUGCUACUGGAAGCCCCGGCUUCUCAUUCGGCUCGAUCGGUGGUUCCGCCGCCGGCAACAACUCAACACCUGCCAGCAACAGCUCAAGCAACUUGUUUGGUGGUCAACAAAGCGGCGCAACAACUCAGAAGCCCGCUGGGGGUCUGUUUGGUGGCGGCGCGACCGCGUCCAAUACCACUACUACCCCGAACUCCAGCGGAAUCUUCGGCGGUGGCGGCUCUACUACUCCUGCGACAGGCGGCCUUUUUGGAGGAGGUGCUUCUACAACACCCGCAGCAACCACGGCUCCUUCAAGCGGCGGAAUGUUUGGCGGCGGCGGUGCCGCUAGCUCUACUGCACCGGCUUCCGGAGGACUGUUUGGAAACGCAGGAAGCAACGCAAGCAAGCCUGCGGCCGGUCUUUUCGGAGGCGGUGGCUCCUCUACUCCUGCUAGCAGCGGUGGUGGUCUGUUCGGUCAGAACAACGCCAACCAGGCCUCGACAGCGACCUCAUCAGCUGCACCAGCAUCAGGUUUGUUCGGAAAUGCCACCACUGGAGCUGCUACUCCUGCCAAACCUACCUUUUCUUUGCCGUCUACGACACCAGCUGGAGCACCCCCUAUCGAUGCCGCCAAGCCCGCUGGAGGACUGUUCGGCAACACAGGUGCCCAAGCAUCGUCUGGAGCAUCUGGCCUUUUUGGAAAUGGAGCCAAACCGGCCGCGACUUCAGCUUCUUCUACCCAGCCCAGCACAACUGCCUCAGCAACACCCGGUGGCCUAUUUGGGGGAGGUGCACAGUCUGGAAGCAGCGCUCCUGCUGGAGGACUCUUUGGUGCUAAGCCAGCAUCUGCUCCCGCUCCCGCUCCCGCUCCUACCUCUGGUGGACUGUUUGGAGCAAAGCCUGAGGGUGCUGCCCCUGCUGCGACUCAGGGAGGAAGCUCAACUCCUGCUGCCACUACGCCUUCCCUGUUCGGUGCUAAGCCUGCAGCUGCCGCAGCCUCGACCCCAAGCUCAGCACCAUCUGGUGGUCUCUUCGGCGGUGGCGGCGCAACAACUUCAGCUGCACCCGCAAAUUCCACGACAGCGACAGCCGGAGGACUAUUUGGAGCCAAGCCCGCGACAACCACAGCUUCUGCAACAACUCCUGCUGCAACUACAACUACAACCGCUGGUGGUCUUUUUGGCGGCGCUCCUAAGCCCUCUACUGAAACAUCUACACCAAAGCCUGCUGGUGGUUUAUUCGGAGCUGCUGCUAGCAGUCAAGCAACAAGCUCGACAGCUACCACCACUGCAGCCACUGGGGCAUCGACGACCACUUCCGCCCCAGCAUCAAGCUCUGCCCCUGCUUCGGCUAGCAGUUUGUUCGGCGCGAAGCCAGCUGCAGAUGCCAGUAAGGACGCAGCUAAACCCGCGACUACCAGUACCACUCCCGGUCCUCUAGGCGCUUCCACCACUGGCCCAACAUCCCAGAUGGCGCGCCUCAAGAACAAGACUAUGGAAGAUAUUGUAACAAGAUGGGCAUCAGACCUUUCCAAGUACCAGAAGGAAUUCAAGGAGCAGGCGACUACUGUGUCCAAGUGGGAUAGAAGCCUUGUGGACAACGGCGAGAAGAUUCAGAAGCUAUACCUUGAUACUUUUGAAGCCGAGCGAGCGAGCCACGAAAUCGAGCGACAGCUUGCUGCCGUGGAGAGUCAACAGGACGAGCUCGAGGCAUGGUUGGAUCGAUACGAGUCCGAGGUCCAGGAUAUGUUUGCCAAACAGCUGGGUCCUGGCGAGCAAUUGGCUGGACCUGACCAGGAGCGCGAGCGUACGUACAAGCUUGCGGAGAAGCUUACACAACAAUUGGACGAGAAGUCGCGCGAUCUGUCCAAGAUGGUUAAGGAGAUUAACGACAUCUCUGGUACAUUGAACAAGGGUGCUAAACCCGAGGACCCUCUGAGCCAAAUCGUUCGUGUUCUCAACGGCCACCUCACACAGCUGCAAUGGAUCGAUGCUAAUGCCUCAUCGUUGCAAGCCAAGGUGGCCGCUGCUCAGAAAUCAAGCAGUAACCUAGGAAGCCACUAUACUGGCUCGGAUAAUGAUGCGGCGGAGAGCUUCUAUCGCUCAUACAUGGGACGACGAUGA